ACUGCACCAUUGUGACUGCGGGUGGGGGACGCAGGAGAGAGACUACUCCUAAACAUAAAAAAAUACCCUUUCUCAAAAUUGCAGAAGAAUAAAGACUUUCUAUACUAAACUAUCAUUAUUGGACUCUAAAAAUCACAAUUAUUGGACUUAACUGCCAAUUUAGAAAUAGGCCCAUCAACGACAAAACCCUGCUUUGCAAUCACCAGACCGCUCUAGCGGUUAAUUUUUUAAAUCCACCUCUACUGAUUGGUUUUCAUGUGACAAGACACAACUUUUUGUUGGGCCGAAAUUUGCCGGAAAACGGAUUUAAAAUGACCCUCACAUCAAAGACUCCACGUUUCAAAUCCAAGUUUAUCACUGCUGAGCUGGCUCAUCUGUUCAGCCAGUCGGACAGUGAGGAGGAAUUUGAAGGUUUCAGCGAGGAUGAGGACGAAGAGGACAGAGGAUGUUGUAACAAAAGUCUGAAGACCAAGAUGGUGGAUUCAGAGGAGGACAGCGAUGUGGACACAGGCUUCUACUCUGAUGGCGAGGAGGCUCCCCCUCCAAAGAGGAGGAGUCUUUUAGUAGCCCUGAGGUUUCCCAUGAAAAGACUGUCUACUCCUAAACAGGAACCACAGGAGAAAAAUGUCAAAAAGCCUGUCAAAAAAACUCCUCCUUCAAGGACAGCCAGAGGAAGGCAGAGGAUGAAGCAGAAGCAGGACGAAGAAGAAGAAGAGGAGGAGAAGGAGGAGCAGGAGCAGGAGCAGGAGCAGGAGCAGGAGCAGGAUGGGGAUAAAGAGGAGGUCCUAUCUCAGAGUCUAAGGAAACGAGACAAGAACAUCCAGGAAAACAAGGCCAUGCUGGCUAAGCUGUUUGCUGAUCUGACCACUAUGGCUGACCUGACUCUGCCCACCACCCCUCAAAAGAAGAAGAAGAAGCAGGCGCCACAGAGAGCAACGCCAGGGAAACGCAAAUUUGAACCAGAGAUGGGGUCAGAAAGGAGGAACCCGUCUCGUAAGGCUCGUCCUCCUGAGAACUUUGCGGUGGAAGAGAAGAGCGAGCCACUCACCCACAGAAGCCCCAGGACUGUAGACAUCAGGAGACUGGUGGAGGUGGAUGAGGAACAUGUCGGUGAGAGAAGGAAAAAGAGGAAGAGCCAGAGUUCGAGGAGGAGCCAGUAUGUGGUGAAGUCAGUCGACGACAUCACCAAAGAAGACCUGGACAACAUAGCGUACCGCAGCAAAGACAAGAUAUGGGAUAAAGAGAAUGGCAGCUCAUGUCACCAGUGCAGACAGAAGACUCUGGACACCAAGACAGUGUGUCGCAGUGGUUUCUGUGUGGGGGCCAAAGGUCAGUUCUGUGGGCCGUGCUUGAAGAACCGCUAUGGAGAGGACGUACGCACUGUGCUGCUAGACCCGACGUGGUCAUGUCCCAUCUGCCGAGGGAUGUGUAACUGCAGUCUGUGUCGAAAGAAGGAGGGCCGCUGUGCUACUGGCAUCCUGGUGGGAUUGGCCCGCUACAACGGCCACGACAAUGUCCACGAGUAUCUGGAGAGUAUUCAGAAGGAGCUGCAGUAAAGUCCAGAGUACUGACCAGCGAGGACAACCCGCUUGUACAGCUGGUACCUGGAGGAAGUUAUGGUGCUGCAUAGUACUGUAGAACUCAUUUAAUGCACAUUUGUAGGUUUAGGUCAGCCUUUUAUCUAACUAGAGAAACAAAAGCAAAAAGAUGUUUGUUUGUUUUUUUGUCACCAUAAGAUGAGGCACAUACACUGUUAAUAUGUUUUAUAUAACCUGGUUUACCGCUGCAUAAAAUGCAGUAAUGUUUUUUUAUUGUUUAAAAGCCAGUACUCAGUUUUGAGUUGUAUAUUUUCUUUGGAAUAUUUCUACUCUUGAUGUUCAUUAGAACAAAUGUAAGUGGUUCAUUUCUGUGUUACGGAUGCAAACGGAGCCUUUUAUACCAGCUACUUUUCUAAAAGUGGUACAGCUUUCUUGUCAGUCCACUGUAAAUUUUAAUAAAGAAAUGGCAUUAUCUAAAGGAUUAGCCAUGUUUUUGAAUUA